AUGUCUUGGACCAAUUUCAUGUAUACAACGACGGAGAAGCUCCGCACUCCUGAUGAUAGCAAGUCCUAUGUGCUUGCUGUAAUUACAGUGUUCCUACUGCUGGUCAUCACAGUUGCAACAUGGCGCCGGUACUUUUCGCCCCUCAGUGACCUGCCAGGACCAUUUUGGGCCUCCAUCACGCGGCUAUGGCACGUCAAGAUUAUCAUUGCCGGAGACCAAAAUGUACAAUUGAGCCGGCUGCACGAAAAGCAUGGCAACUUUAUCCGCAUGGCGCCGAACGAGGUCAGCGUCACGCACCCCGACGCCGUGCGGAAGAUUCUCCUCAAUCCAUUGAGAAAGGGAGUGUUUUACAACAUCUCUGCUAUCCCGGACUGGCGAUACCAGACGCCCAUGUCGACAUUGGACCCCAAGGAAAAAAUCGAGAGGUCCAAAGCUUUCUCGUCGGGCUAUGCGCAAUCCAACGUGAUCAAGUACGAGGAGGAUAUCAACCCGCUCAUCACGCAACUGUGCGGCUGGUUGGAUCGAUACGCCGAAUCAGGCGACCGCAUGAAUCUUGACAAGUUUCUCCUCUACACCGCCUUUGACGUGGUCGGCGAGGUCUUGUUUUCCAAGCCCUUUGGUUUCAUUGAGAAGGGAGAGGACCUGGGUAACAGCAUCGCCAAGAAUCUGGCACAGGAAUCCAUCGGAACCCCUGUGGCUCAGUUUCGUUGGGCCCAGCUGCUGCUGGGGAAUCCAGUGGUGACUACUCUCGGCCUGAACCCGGGAUCCAUGCUCAUGGACACGGCCAUGACGGCUUUCAAGGAGCGCCAGAAGAACCCCGAUGCUCGCUUUGAUAUCAUCGCACACUGGUUCCGCUACCUAAAAGACCACCCGGACCGGACCAACCUGCGGAAUAUUGAGGCGCAGACGACGACGAAUGUGGCAGCGGGAUCCGACACCGUGACUUGCGCUCUCCAGAGCAUUCUCUACCACCUGAUCCUUCACCCGUCCACGUACGAUCAAGCCCGCGCCGAGAUUGACGCGGCCCGGAAACAAGGACGCUGCGGCGACAAGGUCAUCUCCUUUGCCGAUACGCAGAAACUACCGUACCUCCAAGCCUGUAUCAAGGAGGGCCUACGCAUCCACGCCCCUGUGCCAAUGGGCCUGCAACGAGUGGCGCCUAAAGGUGGCCUCACGAUUGGCGAGCGGACUUUUCCCGAGGGCACCACGUUGUCCAUCAACCCCUGGGUAUUACACCACUCCAAAGAGCUCUGGGGCGACAAUGCAGACGACUGGAGCCCAGAACGUUGGCUAGUCAAUGACACCUCCGUGCUCGACAAGCAUUGGAUACCUUUUGGAGCUGGAUUCAAUGCAUGCCCUGGCCAGCACGUUGCCCGGAUGCAACUUUCAAAGAUUUGCGCGACCAUUAUCCGUGACUACGACCUCAAGCUCGUGGACCCAUCGAAACCAUGGAAGUGGAUGGCCUACUUCACCAUGGUGCCUAAUUCGUGGCCCGUGUAUGUAGCGAAAAGGGCAGACGCAUAG